AUGCUCCGAGGCCUUUUUGCUUGUCUCUUUUUGGGGGCUAUAGGAAAUGCCGCUUCCAUCGUCACUGAAGGUGACGAUUCAAGAGAGCUCAGCUUUCCUGAGCCCCUAACCGCGGAUAUUUUUAAUGAUGAAAUGUUGAGUAACUUACAUGUGGUUGAGUUUUUUAGUCCUUACUGUGGCCAUUGCAGAAAUUUUGCCCCCACUUGGAAAAAGGCUUGGGAAGAAUUCUACGAAGAAGGUCAGGCACUGAAUAUAAGCCUUUGUCAAGUAGAUUGCGUACAAAGUGCAGAUCUUUGCGCGAAUGAAAGGAUCGCCUCCUAUCCCAGUAUUAGGCUUUACGGUCCUGAUGGAUUCUUAAAGGACUUCCCAAAAGACUUAGAGAGGACUAAGGAGAAUUUAAUAUCAUUUGCUCGUGAAGAGGCUAAAGACAGUAAUAAUCUUUCUGCGUUGCAAUUGAAAAGUCAAAGCCAAAUGUUGGAAGCACAGAGUCUUAUCGAGCUUUUAGGCGGUAGGGGACAGGUUCCACAUUUGAUUUCUUUCUGGCCAUCAAGUGAGCUAAGCGAUAUCGAUAACCACAAGAUUAAAUUUGAAAACUGUGAAGAUUGUUUUACCUUUCAAAGAACUUGGGCUGUAUUGUCUAAUAGGUUGAAAAAAGAGGGAUUCGUAACUUCUCAUUUCAACUGCGAAGCUAACCCCAAGAUUUGUAUGCAGUUGGGCUUCGAUGAUUUAACUAAAAUCACUAAUCAUAGGGCUGAUAGGCAUCCUAAAGUGGCUUUGAUUUUACCCGAAAAGUCAACUAACAAUUUCUUCAUCUACCGAGGAGUUUCUCAAACUGUCAAAGAUUUCACUGACUUUGCAUUGCGAACAUAUUCAAACUCAAAAGUAGUGGAGAUAUCCGAGGCUACGAUUCAAGAGAAAACGUCUAGGCCCAUAGACAUUAGUCCAUCCUCGCGUAAUAAACAUCUUAAAACGUACAUUGUCUUCAACUACGAUCCUGCCACGGUUGUUCCGGAAGACUUUGAUAUAUUAGAACAUCUCAUAGAGCCGCUUGCGGAUAUCCCAGACACGUAUCUCUUCAAAAGUACUGAUGACCUCAUGAAGUUAACGCGUUCGAACUACGAGGGCCUUUUUUCUAUGAUAAACUAUGACGAAUCGGAACCCGCAAAAACUAUCAAUGAAGAUUAUUUUACUAUGAGCACAUUAACACAAUACCCUACUUUUUUCAUGUUUAAAGAAGGAAGCUUGAUUCCAAAUGUCUUUCACGGUUAUUCCACCACAGAAAUGAGAUCUCUGGAUUACAUCAUGGCUUGGAUUUUGCAAGACUCGAUGCCAUUUUUGAAUGAGCUAACUCCCUCAACUCUCGAUUCUUUAAUACACUUUUCUUCAGAUUUGUACAACACAAUGGCUGUUCAACUUAUCGACACGUCUACGAUUCUCGAGGAAAAAAAAAGUGUUACCUAUUUGAAGAACUUUAUUGUUGGUGCAUAUGAUUAUGAAUCUAUCAGGGACAAUUAUAUCUGUGAAACUAUACUUAGCAAAAGAAAUGAUAAAGACGAAGCCGUGAAAUCCUUGAAAGAGAAACAAGCAUCAUCUGUGGAUAUUGUACAGAAAAUGCGUGAAGAAAUUCCCCACAGCUAUGGUCAUCGAGUUCUUUUGGCGUAUAUGGAUUUGUCCAAACACGAGUCACUUUUGAUUCGUGAAGGAUAUAAUAUUCACAAUAGACAAUACAGGAAUGGAGAUGUCAUCGUCGUUGAUAAAUCAAGUGGAAAAUUCUAUUACGACAGAGAUCAUUUAGGGUUCUAUUUAACGACGACUGAAUCACCCUCUUCCCUAAAAGAAGUACUUAGUAGGUUGAACCUCCCUGACCUAUAUGGAGGCGUGAAAAUGUCGAAGAAUUUAAUCGGUUCCCCUUACGGAAAGAUGUUGCGUUUCUUAGACAUUAUUCAUCAGUAUGGACCCUUUGGGUAUAUAAUACUCUUGGCUCUACUGCUUUCAAUAUUUCGAGCACCAAAGUUCAUGCGAAAGCAAAGAUUAAAGCGCAAAUAUCAUGCUAAAAGAGAUCACAGAGGAAUAUUAGGAAAGGAAAACCUUAAAGAUUAA